UUCCGCUCGAUCUGAGCCCCCGCAGCUCAAGGCAGCUGGUCAGGCCUGCCCUUUUGCUGGGUUCUUAAGCUCGAGCUUGACGUCCCAAUCGUCAGACACUCAGAGCUUUCGAGCUCUACCAGGGGACCAACAGUCGAAGCUGUCCGGCGCAGUCAGCUCAGACUUCACUCCUGCUGGACUCCGAAGCUUCAACUGAAUUCUCCAGCUUCCUGGAUCUCAGGGGUCACAUCUCCAGCUGACCUCGUACGCUCAUCUCCUCAUUGACGCCCCGUUCUGUCACAGUGACCACCUCGAUCAGCUGAUAGUACCGUAAAGCUCAAAAACAGUGUCAUUUCCUCGAUUGGCCCGCAAAAACCUUCAACAUGGUUUCAAGGAAAUCGUCACCGGUUUUUUUCACUUUUGCUCUCUUCUUGCUAGCUGAAUUGGCCCACUGUCAAACGAGGGCACCUCCAGCCCAGUUCGUCUUUGGAGACUCGCUUGUUGACCAAGGAAACAACAACAACCUGGCCUCUCUUGCGAAGGCUAACUUUAGGCCAAAUGGAAUCGAUUUGCCAUUGUCGAAUUUCCAACCUACAGGACGAUUCUCCAAUGGUCGCAUCAUAUCCGAUCUCAUGAGUGAAGACAUGGGUGUAGAACCAAUCCUUGCCUACAACGAUAGAAAUGCCCAUGGCACAAACCUUGUGAGGGGUUGCAACUUUGCCUCCGCCGGCUCAGGAAUUCUUGACGACACUGGCAACAUCUUCAUCCAACACAUAACCAUUCCUCAGCAGCUCAAGUAUUUCCAGGACGUGAAAGCAGAACUCGUCUCUUUGUUGGGACCAGCUGCCACUGACGAACUAGUCGCGUCUGCAAUUCACUCUGUUACCAUUGGAGGCAACGACUUCAUCAACAACUACGCGCUCGUUGGCUCACAACGCGCUCGCCAGUACCCCGACUUUAAUGUCUACAGCGACCUGUUGAUCGACACCUUCAGGGGACAAAUCACUGAGCUGUACAAUCUCGGAGCCAGGAAGAUAUCGAUAUCCAACAUCGGUCCCCUGGGCUGCAUUCCCAGCCAGCUCGCGCAAGGAAGCCGCACUGGAGAGUGCGUCAAGACUCUGAAUGACUACGCUAUUAGCUUUAACGUUCGACUGGCUCCCAUGAUCGCCGCCCUCGAAAAGCAGCUGCCCGGAUCUACGCUCAUUAUCGCUGACUCUUACAAAAUUGUUAUGGACUACGUCAUGGAUCCUGGUGCAUACGGAUUCAAGACGUCGAACGUAGCAUGCUGCGGAACUGGUAGGUUCAAUGGGAACAUCCCAUGCACUGCGCUGACUCAGGUGUGCGCCAACCGCGAUGAGUACUUGUUCUGGGAUCCGUUUCACCCCACGGAUAGGGCCAACCAGCUCGUUGCUGCUCGAUUGCUCAACGGUCCCACAUCCGAUAUCUUCCCGAUUAAUGUCAGACAGCUGAUUGCAUUGUAAGAUGCACAAAGUAGAUCAAAUUCUCGACUCAUGUAAUUUUACGGAGAGUCUACAAAUUUCGUAGACCAAUUACUGAUUAUUUUAUAAAUGUCAUGACAAUUGAUAUACAAAUUCUCGGAAUAAAUCUCAAUUCAUUACUCCCUGAAAACUGAGCGUCGCUUCUGAAUAAUGUAUGUGCUGCAAUGGCUACUUGGCUACUCCUCGCUUGAUGGCGGUUAGAGUUCGGCAGCAGGCAGCUACCAUGAACGACGACGCGUGGUAACUGCAUUAUUCUGAACUUUGUAAUCACUCGUGCCUCUUUCGCUGUCAAGUGUGAGCAAUACAUGCUCAUUAUGUUUUGGCAGUCGGGUACAUAUAACGAUUAUAUGGUCAGUAGUAUAGACGCGCAGGUAUCUGGCAGAAAGGUGUAGCCACGUGGAUGAGAUCAAGCUCUCGACCACUGGAAAAAAUCAGGUGAAAGUCAUCAUGG